AUGGCCGGUUUCAAGCGUGGUGGUGCCCGAGGGGGCAGCGCAUUUAAGAAAACUUUCCCAAAGAAACGUUCCUCGCCCGACGCUGAUGACGAUAACGCGGCGCGCGCGAGCAAGAAGACCAAGGCCGGAGACGACAACGACGACGACUCUGUACCAGUGGUACCCGAGCUCAAGACAGACGACAAUGGCGAUGCAUAUGUCAGCCUAAAUACCAGCGGAAAACGACGCGUGACUGUGAGCGACUUCAACAAGAGCACACUAGUUAGUAUACGAGAGUACUAUGUUACUGAUUCUGGAGAGACGAAGCCGGGCAAGAAGGUAUGUGCUGAUGAUCUAAGCUGUUUCGAUCCUAUGUUCUCCUCUACGUGUUUAGAUGAUGAUAGAUUUACUGACGGUCACUGCACACAGGGCAUCUCACUUACAAUCGAUCAAUACAACGCUUUGCUCGCUUCAGCACCUCUUAUCGAAUCUGCGCUUGCGAAGAAGGACAUACAGGUCUUAAGACCGGAUUAUGAGGCUGAUCUGGGUGCAAAGAUUGGGGAGCACGAAAAGGAAGAAGAAGAAAAUGAAGAGAGAGACGAUGAGAAGACUGCGAAGAAAGAAGAAGACGAGGAUGAUGAUGAUGAUGAGGAGUAA